AUGUCUUACACCACACGUCAAAUCGGAGCUGCUAACACCUUGGAUUACAAGGUCUUCAUUGAACAAAAUGGUGUUCCAGUGUCCCCUUUCCAUGACAUUCCUUUAUAUGCCAACAAGGAAAAGACUAUCUUGAACAUGAUCGUUGAAGUCCCAAGAUGGACCAACGCCAAGUUGGAAAUCUCCAAGGAACAAAAGUUGAACCCAAUUAUUCAAGAUACCAAGAAGGGUAAAUUGAGAUUUGUUCGUAACUGUUUCCCUCACCAUGGUUACAUCCACAAUUACGGUGCUUUCCCUCAAACUUGGGAAAACCCUAACGUUUCCCACCCUGAAACGAAGGCUGUUGGUGACAACGAUCCAUUGGAUGUUUGUGAAAUUGGUGAACAAGUUGCCCACGUUGGUCAAGUUAAGCAAGUCAAGGUCUUAGGUGUCAUGGCUCUUUUGGAUGAAGGUGAAACUGACUGGAAGGUUAUUGUCAUUGACGUCAACGAUCCAUUGGCUCCUAAGUUAAACGACAUUGAAGAUGUCGACACUCACUUGCCCGGUUUACUUAGAGCUACUAAUGAAUGGUUCAGAAUUUACAAGAUUCCAGAUGGAAAGCCAGAAAACCAAUUCGCUUUCAGUGGUGAAUGUAAGAACAAGAAGUACGCUGAAGCUAUUAUUACUGAAUGUGCUGAAGCUUGGGAAAAGUUGAUCAAGGGUGAAAUUGACCCUAAGGAUAUUGACUUGACUAACUCCACCUUGACCACCACCCCAUCUUACUCUACCUCUGUUGCAGAAGAGAUCCCUGCUCCUUCUCCAUUGGCAGCUGCUCCUAUUGACAAGUCAGUUGAUAAGUGGUUCUUCAUCUCUGGUGGUCACCACUAA